UACCCUAAAUGAUUUUGUUGAAAGCUACAAUGGCUUGAAUGAACAAACCCGUGAAAACUAUAUUGUUCACGUCUUCACGCAAAUCGUUUGUUAUUCACGCAAACUGAUAAUCAUUCACGUCAAAACUAUCUUAUUCACGUAAAUAUCCAAUCAUUCAAACAACAUGACAAUUAUCGGAUACGAGUAUCAUAAUUUUUCAAAUAAUCUCUUUCGCCAUCUACCGAUCAAUUUAAUAACGUAUGAAACUUGUUAAGACCAGUAGUAUCAUUUUCAAUAAAUUUUAGCUAACCACUAACGUAAUAAGGAUUCAUAAUACUUGAACUAAUAGUCUAAUGCUUUAGGAAACAAGUUCAACAAUACAUACACAUCAAACUAUGAAACGUUCUCAUGCAAAUUGAUCAGCGAUCACGCAAAAACUAACUUGAUUUAUAUAAAUUUUAAACUAUUCACGUCUAAUGCCCUAUCACUCACACCAAAACAUUUUUGUUCAUGCAUAGUCAUACUCUUUCUCGCCAAAACUAAAUCUAUAUUCUUACGCCAAUUGUCCUCUAUUGAUGCAAAUUGAUAACCAUUCACGCCAAUACUAUCUCAUUCACGUAAUAUAAUAUUAUCACUACAAGAAAAUAGAGGUUUUAUGACGAUUACUUUGUGUCGAUUCACUUAACCGACACAUUUAUAAUUUUAUGUCCCUUUUUAUGUCGAUUAAUUGACCGACUCAAUUUUCCUUGAUUUUGCGUCGGUUUAUGUUGAACCAACACAAUUUAUAAUUUGGAAUUUGGCUCAAAAUUGGAAAAUUCAGUCCGGGGCUCAAUUUUCACUCUUCCCCCGCAAACCCUCCCAAAAUUGAGAGCUAUUUUUCUUUUUCCCACUUUCCCGCCCAAUAAUUCUUCUCUCCACUCAAUAGUCAAUCCCCCCAAAAAUUUGAGAUCUCUUUUCUCCUUCUCUCUCUCCCGCUCAAUAGUCUGGCACCUGUUUGCAAUUUUGGCGAGAAACCCAAAAUUUCAGAAGGUCCCCUCCUUUUCUUUUAAUGAUUAUUAUCUUCCCCUUCUUUUACUUAAUUAAUGUGAAAUUAUAACUAACACUUUCUUCAAAUAAUUAUACAAUAAUUAAUAAAAUAGUUGUUGUAAAAUCAUUUUAGUGAAUUGCGGUUUCAAAUGUCAACUUAUGGUUUAUCUUCAUCGAAUUUCUUUUCUUAUUGAUCACCAAAAUUUUACUAAGUGUUGUAAAAUAAUGAUCAUGUAGUGUUGAAGUUGCAAUAAAUGUAGAAGCAUAGAAAACAAGUAGACAAAUUAAGUGAAUUUAUCUAAAACAAAUGAUUGUUGUAACUAAUGGUUAAUUUAGUUACUAGCCCAUAAACAGUUAUAUAUAUAUCGUUAUUUUGAAAAACUAUGUAUUGUAUAAUAUAAUAAUUAUUCAAGUGGAUUAUGUGAAGUUCGGGUUGAGUCGGUCGGGUUACGAGUUAAUCGGGUUUGGGUCAAUCGGGUUCGGGUCUAAUCGGGUUUGGGUCAAUCGGGUUUGGGUUAAUCGGGUUGCGGGUCAGUCGGGUUGCGGGUCGGGCGGGUUACGAGUUAUUGACUUUUAGUCAAUUCGGGUUGCAGGCGGGUCGCGGGUCGGAUUGAUCGGGCGGGUUAAUCAGGUCGGGUUCCGUUUUGACACCUAUACAUGCAGCUGAGAGGAGUUCAAGUGCUACCCAUUUGCCAUCCAUGGAUGGAAUUGGUCAAAAGACAAAUCAAUCUAUCAAUCAUAACGAGUGAAUUUAAUAGAUGGAUGGUUUGCCUUUUUCUAGCAUAACAAUUGACAAUAAAAAUAGGAAUGAAAUAUCUAUCAUGUAGAGAACCUACGUAUCAAUGGGUUGCAUUUUUAACUUUAAACUUCUCUCUUCAUGGGCUGAGCAUGUAUUAUGUUGGAUUCAAUCGUUUAAUGUUCGUACACCUUGGAGAUUCGUUGACUGAUAUCUAUAUUGCCCUCUCUAAAAUCAUUUUGAGUUUUGACAAGUAGUAGAUAUGCAUGCCAUACAAUGGAAUCGCUUAUAUUGGUUGAUGCUAGGUGGUGGUUGAGCAUCAUUUUUAUGUUCACAUUUAGCAAACAAAUGCAUAUUUUCGGUCUACUUCUCAUAUAACAUCCAACCAAACAAUGUUUGGUUUUGUGGUUGACUAGCCUUUGAUUUCAUUUUGAUUUGCCUGUGUUGUUUCUUUAUUUGAAGAAUGUAGAUUUUCUUAAUUUUAAUUCUCAAUAAUGCAGCUAUAUACCUAUAAGUAUGAUAAUGAAGAACUUUAGUUUCAUGAAAGCUUCAUUUCAGUAACAAGGAUGGAAAUUUGAAGAAGGAAUAAGAUGCAGAGUAGCAGACCAACAAUAUAUAAGGAAUGAAAUCGAAUCGUCUUGAAUGUUUUAACUAUGAAACCCACAAUGGUGUUGUAUUAAUUAGUUCCUUGCAUAACUUGCGGACUUGCGGUAGGACAUUUUUUCCUCUCUGCAGAUUUGACAGUUAGCUAGCAGAUUGUCCAUUUUAUUUGGUACUUUCCAUAGCUUCAAGUUAUAUUCUAUAGCCUGCAAAUUAAAUCAUCGGUUGCUCUUUACGCCUCCAGUUUGUUUAUUAUUUCCUGAAAUUGUUUCUUUAUUAGUUCCAAUCAAAAAGGCUGGAACAUAAUAAUUUUUAGUUUUCGUAGCCAUCUCUCAUUAAAAUACAACACUUGGUAUUCAGAAGAUUGUUUCACACUGGCUUUAUUCAACUAUUUUUGGCACAAUAUAGUGAGGAAGCAUAAAUUAGAAUAAUAUGAUGAUAUAGAAUUCAUUAGAAAGAUAAACAACAGAUAAAGGCUAGGUCAUAAUAUUAUUUGGUUUUGGUGAUAGUUAAAUUGAUGCAUUGUCAUCAAUGCAUGCAUAAUAAUAUACAUGUAUAUAAGAAAAUUGGUGUAUUGUAGUUUACAUCGUUUGGUUUCUGUGAUAGUUAUUGGAAUGUUGAAAUAGAUUAUAUUACUUUUUGAGUGAAAUGUCACUUGUACCCUUUGUUUUUAAUACUAAAAACAACACAUAUAAAAAUGUAGGGACAUAGUUGGAACAAAAGAAAACUCAACAAUCUUUACCAAACAAUAUCAACAAUCUCAACCAAAACUUGAGAUUUAACUAUCACUCAUUUUGAGUGAUUGUGUAAAAUCAAGCAAAUAAUGCAUGUAUUGUUUGUGCAGAAAAUUCAAAAAGAAAAACGAUGCAUUAUGCACAAUGCUUGUAUUGUAACUAUAAAAGCACGAAUUGUAACUACCCAACCAAAUUAUCACCAAAACCAAACCACCCCAAACAAACAAGAACAUACCAUAAAAGCAACAAACUGAUUAAACGCCCGCAAAGCAAAUAUCAAAUUGUCGACCCACGGCAUAGUAUGGGCUAACAAGCUAAGUGGGUCAGUGGUUAACAGGAGAGGGAUGCAGUAUCCAUUUUAUUGCGAGGGUGGGUCAGUGGUUCACAAUUCUCCUACCUUUUAAGUGAUUUUGCUUAUUAAGCUUUCAGUUCUAUGUUAUUUUGACAUACUAAGUCCCUUACAAUUCUCAGAAAUUCUAAUUAAUAAACUUUAGCUCAGUGUUUGGAGUAUGUCAUGUGGCCUGGGGAAAAAAGUCCAUCUCGACAUUCUUAGGCUGCAAAAUGAGAAGUUCAAAAUGACCCCCUAAUUUAGUUUCAACUUUCGAGUAAACAUGGUACAAUGGUACAUGGAUACUCUAAUUCUAAUAGGACGUGAGUGUAACUACUACUCAACUUUGGGGGGCAAACUGUAAUAUGGAAACUCAGCUCAUAUACCCUACCCUAUAUGAUUUAAUUCGAUAGAAAAAUUGAUGUGAAAAAUGAAAAGGAAGAUUCCACGUCCCAUUCCGCUUGUUUCUUCGCCAGCUACUCAAAAUCCCCGGCGGCACGGCCAUUUUUAUUCGACGGCGUCGAACGCUAACCUCCGAACUUGGUUCGACAAGUAUUUCGAGAAGACCAAUGUCCAUGCCUGGAACUCCCUCAUCGCGGACCUUGCUCGCAGCGGCGACUCCCUCGAGUCACUUCGCGCCUUCUCUUCCAUGCGAAAGCUCAAUCUUAUCCCAAACCGCUCUACCUUUCCUUGCGCCAUCAAAGCCUGCUCUGCCUUGUCUGAUGUUCGCUCCGGCCAACAAGCCCACCAACAGGCUUUGGUGUUCGGCUUCGAAUUCGACCUCUUCGUGUCAUCCGCACUGAUCGAUAUGUACUCCAAAUGCGGCCAAUUGGGCGAUGCUAAAAACCUGUUCGACGAAAUUCCUCAAAGAAACAUCGUCGUUUGGACUUCGUUGAUCAAUGGGUAUAUUCAGAAUGAGUAUCCGCUCCAAGGUUUAUCCUUGUUUAAGGAGCUCUUGAGCCGUGGUGAUGACGACGAUGAGAGUUCAGUCGACUCGUUUGCUAUGGUUUCGGUUUUGACGGCUUGCUCUCGUCUCUCGGCGGAGGGGAUGACCGAAGGCCUACAUGGGUUCGUUGUGAAGUGUGGGUUCGAUAGAGAUGUAGUAGUUGGUAAUACUUUGCUGGAUGCAUAUGCCAAGGGAGGUUCCGUGGGAAUGUCUAGAAAGGUGUUUGAUGGAAUGACUGAUAGAGAUACAGUGUCUUGGAAUUCUAUGAUCACCGUGUAUGCUCAAAGUGGCUUAGCUGGAGAGGCUUUUGAAUCUUUCAGCGCAAUGGUAAAAGGUGGCCUCACCCGAUACAAUGCAGUGACAUUAUCCACAUUAUUGCUAGCUUCUGCACAUUGUGGAUCAUUGCGAGCAGGCAAGUGCGUACAUGAUCAGGUCAUAGUGAUGGGUCUGCUGGACAAUGUAGUCGUGGGAACCUCUGUCAUAGACAUGUACUGCAAAUGUGGGCAAGUUCAGAUGGCUAGGAAGUCAUUCGAUGUCAUGGAGGUGAAAAAUGUAAGGUCUUGGACAGCUAUGAUUGCAGGGUAUGGUAUGCAUGGUCUUGCGAGAGAAGCCUUGGAUGUUUUCUAUCAAAUGUUAGGGGUUGGUGUAAGACCAAAUUACAUAACUUUCAUAUCGGUACUGGCUGCUUGUAGCCAUGCUGGUCUGGUAGAUGAAGGCAGGCAUUGGUUUAACCUUAUGGACCAUCAGUUUCAAGUGGAACCCAGGUUAGAACAUUAUAGUUGCAUGGUUGAUCUUCUUGGCCGAGCAGGUCAUCUUCACGAGGCAUAUGAUCUGAUAAAGAGGAUGAAGGUGAGGUCUGAUUUCAUCCUCUGGGGUUCUCUGCUAGCAGCAUGCAGAAUUCACAAGAAUUUGGAGCUAGCGGAGAUUUCAGCUCAAAGGUUGUUCGAACUAGACCCGAGUAAUUCCGGAUAUUAUGUAUUGCUUUCCCAUAUAUAUGCAGAUGCUGGGAGAUGGAAAGAUGUUGAGAGGAUGAGAGAGCUCUUGAAAGAUAGUGGCCUGGUCAAGACUCCUGGUUUUAGCUUAAUCGAACUCAAUGGCAGAGUGCAUGUUUUCUUGGUUGGAGAUAAGGAGCAUCCUCACCACGAGAACAUUUACCGGUAUCUGGAGGAACUUGGGGUGAAGCUGCAGCGAGCUGGUUAUGUACCUGAUAUGACUUCUGUCCCACAUGACAUUGAUGAGGAGGAGAAGGAAGUAAAUCUGAGAGGCCAUAGUGAGAAGCUAGCAGUUGCCUUCGGGAUUAUGAACUCGUUUCCUGGAGCAAUGAUUCAAGUUAUGAAGAAUCUAAGGGUCUGUGGGGAUUGUCAUACUGUGAUUAAGCUGAUAUCCAAGAUUGUGAAUCGAGAGAUAAUAGUAAGAGACUCAAAGCGGUUUCACCACUUCAAAGAUGGUUUUUGUUCAUGUGGAGAUUAUUGGUAACCAUCAAUGCCAAUUCUCGAUUAAAGUUAUAUACAGUAG